AUGUUUCGAUCAAGAACUGGGAUUUCAAAAUUAGGUUUAGUUCCUUUGACAAGAUUACUUUCAAGUGCUACGACUCCAGUCAUUUCAUCAGUUCAAUCUUCAGUUGCAGCACCAGUUUUUUUAUUCAACAGACAAUUUAAGAUUCUUGAUUUGCCUAAACAAAGCAACCUCAUUAUCAAUUCUUUAAAUCCCUUGAACGAUUCCAACUCAAUUUUAAAUCCCAACAGGAAUUUUGAGAACCAAAUUGAGAUCAACGAUUUCAUUAUAGAUCACAAUAGCGAUAAUAGUACCAUCAAGGAUUUCCAAAAAAAUGAGGGUAUUAAUGAAAUUUCACUAAGUUCAGUUUUAGUCAAAAGAAGACUCAAAAUGAAGAAACAUAAAUUGAAGAAGAGAAGAAAGGCUCAACGAGCAUUAAGACGUAAAUUGAAGAAAUGA